UCUCGGCGCAGACAUGCCUGGGCGAGUGAACUUGCUGAAACGUUCAAGCGCACAUUCUGCAGGUCGCACGUCCACAUCCAUUUCAUCUGCGUAUGGGAUACUGUAUCUUCGGUUGGCGUUGUGAGGGGCAAGACGCUACCUUCGACCACUGACGGGGACCACCAUAUGUGCUAUUUCAGACAUGCCCUUGCCUUGGAUGAGCGGCGAGUCAAAUUCCUUCCAGAGUUU